UACAGUACACACACUCUCCACAUGUCAGAUGAGUUAAAGUCUAGUCGGUGUUGUGAGUUCCAAACAGACGAACUGUCCACUGUGUUGGUGAUGUUUGACCCGGAUCUCUGCUGGCUCUUCUUCGACCCUCUCCGAGUCCUGACUGAUGAAAUGCUCCUCAUGAGCCGCCGCCCGCCAACCAGACGUCAGACACGCAACGCUCUCAAACGCAUGGACAGCAGACGGAGAGGUUUCCUCGGCUGACACAGAUCGAGUGUGACCAAUCGGGGGAGCUCAGAGACGCUCGCAGAGAGCUACAUCCUCCUGAAGCCUCGACCAUCCAGAGCCAAGAGGAAUAGAAACCGUUGGGACUCCACAGCGGCCCUACGGGGGGGAAUCAAUAUGGAGAAGAUGAUCCUGCUGCUCCUCACGCUGACCUGCUGCGUCUGUGGAACAUUUGAAACGUCCUACGAGGCGGAGGAGAAUGAGGACGUCACACUGGAGUGGACGUUCACCACCAAAGCCACUCUAAACAUCGACUGUGCCAAGGUCACCAAUCAGAAACACUGGGUCCUCUUUCGUCUCGCUGACGGAGUCCAGGUCCCGGAGUCUCAGGAUGCACAGUUUGCAGGACGAGUCCACUUUGACAAAGACGUCCUCGGAGAAGGACGACUCAGACUGAACGUGACCUCACUCAGGAUUGAAGACUCGGGCAAUUAUUUGUGCGAGUAUGGCGAGGUCCCCGACGUCCGCAGACUCACAGUGAGAGCAGCGAGACACUCUGAGACUGAACCUGAGAGACGGAGCACAGAGGGCAGGGGAUGGAAGGAUUUCAUCAGUAAUCUGGGGAUGAUCUCUGGACUCUUUGCGUUGCUGUUUGCUUUCUGUCUUAACAUCUAUACCUUUCAGCGCUCCAUCUGACAGAUCUGACCUCCACACUCUGUCUUUUCUGUUUGUAAGUGUCUUCACCAGCUUUAAGCCACUCUUAAUACCUACUUCCAGCCAAAGACAGUCUUUUCUUGUCGUCUUUAAAAGUCUGCUGCUCUUCCUUCAGUUGGGAUCUUUACCACAACUCUCCGUUCUGUUGCCACCAGGCACAGCGCCCCCCAUGAGUGGGCGAGGCCAUCUCUCUUCCCCAACAUGGGGGGGGCAGGGCUAACGACAGGGUUCAACAGUGUGGUUCUAGAAGUAAAAAUCCCGUUCAUUUUCCCCAUAUCUGAUUUGAUUAUCAGCCGUGAUGUCAUAACCAUUCCAGGUAGACUGACCACGAGCUACCUGAGCGUGAAACGAUUCGUCUGAUAUCAACCUUU